UUCUCAACAAACAAAAUAUAAUGAAAAAACAAAGUGAGAAUGAUAGGAUAGCCUAAUAAAUAUAUACCUCUUAGAUGUAGAAAUUGUAGGGCAAGAUAUUGGAAAAGAAACUCACUAAAGUGUGUUCAAAACAGCAAUUUGAGAGCCAAUCAUAGAAUAUCUCGAAUAACAACAGUCCUGUGAUGGGACGUUAAAAGUCGUUUGAAAAUUUAUAGAAGGUGAAUAGAACAUUCGUAAAUCCCACUCUUCAGGUGUCGUAACAAAAAUUGAGUAGCAUUUUGAAUGUGAUGGCAGGCUAACAGACGAAACCCAAAAUUCAGAGUUCAUUUAAUAAUGAAUUAAUGGAUACUGUGAAGAUCACUCAUAAAUUACGUAAGAACUAAUCCAUGAUCUAAAUUGAUUAACAAUCACCUUAAUUAACUAAGAAUUCCUCAUUUCAUCGUCCGAACUCAAGUGUCAAGAUAAAGAAUAGUAAUAGUGUCUCCUAUGAGUAAUCGUAAUUGUAGAGAGUUAAAGACAAUAUCAAAUAACUAUUAUAGGAGAGAGACAGUAAUUGGUAGUAAGAUUAGAAGGAGAUUGCUUUCAUGAUUAAACUAAACUAAUCAUUAAACCAAUUACUUUCAAUAAUCUUUUAUGAAUAACCAAAUACAUAGCCUACCUCGACUUAAGACACAAAUUCGAGUCUUUAAUUAGAUCAUUUCUUCAAAAGACAAAUUUCAAUAUUAUAACAAUCUUUCACUCAAUAAACAGAAAAGAAAAAACUUGAAAAUAUUCUCACUUCAAUCAAAAGAAAACAUGAAAAUGUGCUCAAUGACUACAAUUAGUUAAUAGAGUAGAAGAAAUCUUAGGAGGAAGUAAUUAAGAAUUUGUAAUCACAAAUCCAAGGAUUGCAGUGCAAAAUAAAUACAUAACAAAAGGAAACGAAGACUGAACAAGGUAUUUAUUUAAUAAUAACAGAUAGAAUUCUUGGAAUUGAAGUAUCUCGUAUAAGGACAAUUCGAGGCAAUCUAAAAAUUAUUGUAAAGAGAAUAGUUGACAAAGAUAUUUUUAAAGAGAGUAGGAGACAGCUCGAUUUUAGAGUAUUUUUUAAUUAUAUCUUUUAGAAUGUUUGAUUAGUUUAUCUAAAAUGCUGAACAAACAAACAUGGAUGACACUGAAGGAAACUUAAAUAUAGAUGUUUUACCAUCAAAUAAGUUGAUCACUCAAAAGAAAUUAGUAGCAAUUCAAGAACAAAUGGGCUUACCUGAAAAGAUACUAUCUUAAUAUGAAGAGAAUUACAAGCAAUAAUUAAAUUUAUACGAUUCUUUGUUAGCUGAUGAUUCAAGUAAGAAAUGUAUCUUUAUUUUAUAGGAGUCAAUGAUUCAGAAGAAAGCAGUUUCGGUUAUUUAGGGAAAGAGUAAGCCACUGAAAUUAGUUGUUAUUUCAAUGAUGCUGACUAAUUCGCAUAGACUUAACACAAGGGAAAGGGUAUUCAUACAAUUUCAAAGGAAAUGUUGAAGAUUAAUAUGAUGGAUGUGCAAUUGGCUUAAACUGCGUAAGAAAUAAUAUAAAUCUUUAGUUUGAAACGUCAAGAAAUAGUUGAAUAAUAAUAAUAAUAAUUACUUUAAUAAAAGAUCUUACCAGAUGAUUUGAUGGAUAAUGAAAACGAAGAAUCUGAGGAGAACUUUUGUGAUGAUGAAUGA